CCAGCUGCAAAUCAAAUUCCAUUUAUUGGAAGAAAAGGUGUACCAACAUAAAAUGUAAUGGCCGCUUGUAGUUUCGACAUGCAAUUCAUGUUCGUGUGGGCAGGAUGGGAAGGCAGUGCACACGAUACUCGUAUUUUUCUGGAGGCUAUUGACAAUAGCACUAUCAACUUUCCAAAACCUCCAGAAGGAAAAUACUAUUUGGUUGAUGCUGGAUAUCCAAACGAGUAUGGAUAUUUGGGUCCCUACAAAGGCGAGAGGUAUCACUUCCAAGAAUUUAGACGUCGUGGACAACCAAGUGGUCGGAAAGAAGUGUUUAAUCGUGCACACUCGUCACUACGUAACGUGAUCGAACGUUCUUUUGGGGUAUGGAAACAGAGGUGGAGAAUUUUGCAAAACAUGCCUGCUUAUCCAUACAAAACACAAGUUGAAAUUGUAGUUGCAUCAAUGGCACUACAUAAUUAUAUUAGAAGGAGAUCGCAAGAUGAUGCAGUUUUUUCUGAGUAUGAUCGCAACCCCAAUUUGAUUCCAGAUGACUUUUUGCCUGAUACUGUUCAGGCUUCGGCCGUUCAAGGCUCACAGAGGCCUUCACGUAUGGAUUUUGUACGCGAUGGAAUUGCCAAUAGUUUGAUGGAACAAUAAAAGAGUACAUUAAUGUAUGACAAUUUUUCAUUUUGUUAUGUAAUCAUAAUUACAAAACACCUAUGUUUUGGAAUUAUAUAUAUGUGUCUAUACA